AUGGCCAUAGGGAAAGGUCUUAAAGUCAAAAGUACAAUGUUCCCGCAUAAGAACAUACAUAAAGGGACGUGGGUGUCACCUGAUGGUAGACACGUAAACCAAAUAGAUCAUAUAUUAAUAAAUGAGAGAUUUUCCAAUAACAUAACGGAUGUAAGAACAUACAGAGGAGCUGACUGCGACUCUGACCAUUUCCUAGUAGCUAGCAACCUUAGGGUUAAGCUAAAAACAAUGAGUAGGAAUAUGAGACCGGAAGGUGUCAGGUAUGAUGUAGAGAAACUCAGGGAUAGUAGGAAAGCUAGAGAAUUUCAAGAGAACAUGCAGAAAAUGGCGCGAGAAUUUAACUCAAACACGGAAACAGUAGAUGAGCAAUGGAAAAUAAUUAAACAUACCCUUGGAAAUGUGUCGGAGAAAGUUUUAGGGAAAGCCCAUAGAACGAAGAAACCCUGGUUAAAUGUUAUAUACCAUAAAGCCCUGAAAAGAAGGAAAAUAGCAAGGGAAAAAUGGCUGAAUGAUGCCAGCAACCAGGAAAAAGAAAGAAUCUUUAGAGUUAAAAGGAAAGAAGCUCAUAACAUUUUCAGAUGUGAAAAGAGAAAGUAUGUUCAAAAUUUAAUAAGGGAGGCAGAACAAGAUUACAGAUCACACAGUACACGGCAGCUAUAUCACAAGGUAAAUAGUUUUAUAGGUGGAUAUAGAAGACAAGAAAAAUUUCUGAAAAAGGACGAUGGAAGCUAG